UACGAGACCUAAAAAUCUUUACAAAUAUCCCUGAGUUAGACUGCCGAGUCAGUCACGAGUCUUCAGCCUUAUAAGUUUAAAAUACGCGAGGAUCCGUUUGCGAAACAUGCAGCGAAUCUUUGAAUCUCUUUUACACAUCCAUAUAAAACGUACGACUGGUCUGCUGUGUUAGAAAAAAGAGAGAAAAACUAAUGGACUUGAGCUUGGAUUUAAGUUUUGUUUAUGUACCAUCGAGCAUAUCUGAGUUUCUGAAAGAAGUUUCGAAGAUAAAAAAUGGGUUCCAAAGAUUAUUGAAGAUUAGUGAUUUUGUUAAAAGAUUGGAAGAUGAGAUGAAGAAAAUAGAUGCCUUUAAACGCGAACUUCCCCUUUGUAUGCUUCUCUUGAAAGAUGGGAUUGAAAGAUUGAAGGAGGAAGAAAUGCAGUGCAAGGAAAUGGAUGAUGGAUCAGUGACGAAAGGGUUGAUGUUGCCAUUGAAGGGAAAUACUGAGGAAAAUGGAAGCGUAAAUGUGGAGAAAAAGAAAAGCUGGAUGAGUUCUGUUCAGCUCUGGAACUCUGAUUCCGACAACGUUGAUCACAGCAAGAAAUCAAACGAAGUUCCAGAACUGAAACUGAGAAGUGAAGAAGAAGAAGAGAACCCAAUUGAACUUUGUAAUGACGAAAUAGUCGAGGGACAGGAAAAUUUUGGGCUUUCUCUCAUGUUCCCAAGUUCUGAAUUGGGUUCUCGUAAGCCAAUUUCUAAGGACAACGGCAGCCGUGGAAUUGGUCUUUGCCCGUCCAUGUAUUCAGACCAAAACCAACUUGAGAUUCAGACCGAACAUCAACAGCAGCAUGAAUUGCUGCAGCGUAUGCAUAAUUCUAAGAAACAAAGGCGGUGCUGGUCACCUGAGCUUCAUAGACGAUUUGUCGAAGCUCUUCAACAGCUUGGAGGUUCAAAAGUGGCAACUCCUAAACAGAUUAGAGAAUUGAUGCAAGUUGAUGGUCUCACCAAUGAUGAAGUGAAAAGCCAUCUGCAGAAAUACAGACUCCACUCCCGAAAGCUUCCGGCUUCUUCAGCUGGGCAAGGAAACAUGGGAGAGUCGGCUCAAAAUCAGUGCAAUAAGAAAACCAUGAAAGCAAACGUUUCACAGUCGGCUUCCCCACAGGGUCCCCUCUUUGCCGGUGAGCGUGCAAAAGGCCUGUCGAGUACCACCGGAGGCAAUAGCAUGGUCACGGAAGAAGAUGAAAAAUCGGAUGGCCGAAUUUGAUCUGUAGUCUGAUAACUUGUUCCCAUGAAUUUUGCAAUGACAUGGGGAAACGGAUCAUAAUUACAGUGACUUGGGGAGAUUUUAAAGAGAGCUUUGAAGACACCAAUUGGACUGUUGGUUUCUCCAUUAAUCAAGAUGCUUGUCUGAAUGUUGGAUUUGUAUGAACCAAAAUAACAAUCUUUUGCAGAGUUGUUUCAUUUAUGUUAAGACUUAAUGACAACUAAUGUACUUGA